CUGCCAGCUCCCUUGUGCGCAGCUCGGGCAAUAGGCGCGGCCGAUGGCAGGCGGCUCCCAAGGUGAAGAGCCCCGUGCCUUGGCCUCAGGCCCCACUGUAGCUCGCCACCACCUUGGGGCCGGGCCCUGGCGCAAGGAGGAGCAAAGGGCCACAUUGUUGAGCCCUUGCCACCGGGCAGCGAGCUCUGGGUAGGGCUAAGCACGCCAGGGUAGCCAAGAGCAGGGGCGAGUUGCUAACACAGCUGCGGUCUUGUCCGCUUUGCUGCUCCGGGAACCGUGCCUGGCCCCGGCGGGUUACUGACAGACCGCCCCAGGAUCGAGCUCACACCAGGCUGCAGCUUCCUGGCGUCUCCCCUCACCGACUGCUGCUCUCGCAGGGCCCCGACCCAGUGUCGCGGGUGGCCCUCACCCUGCGAGCUCCGGCCUUGCCCAGGCUUCGUGUGUAAUGGAAGAGGGGCUGGGCUAAAGCAAUAUAUUUAAAUCCAUAACUGAUGCGCCAAGCCAGAAGUGCCCAGCUGUGAUCGACCAAGCCCGGGGCUCGGCUCCGGCACAAAUCAAGCACUGGGUGGGCUGACCCCUCUAGCCUCCCCAGCCUUCUGGGGCGCCUCGUGCCUGUUGGUGGCCAUCCAGUGGUCAGCCUCGUGGGGGUUGGUGGUAUGGGGCAGGAGGAGACCCAGGGAGCUCGGUAGGGGGGAGCGAGAUCCCGGGGGACAGGCUAGGGGCCGCCGCCUCUUUGGGCUCAGUUGCGAACGGGUCUCCCCAGGGAGCCUCCUGCAGCAACUCUGGGAUGGGGCCAGGCUUCCAGCCGCCGGCACUACAGUUCCCAGCAUGCCGUGCGGCUGAGGGGGACUGCGCCCGCGUAGCUGCUGGAAGCUUCCAGGCGGCCGGCGCGGUGCAUUGUGGGCAGGAGACGGUGAGCUUCCUGGGCGCCAUUUUACGGAGCGGCAGAGAAGGGUCGGCAGAGCUUGUGAGUCGGCUGAUUGUCCGUGUGCCGGGCUGGGAGGCUAGCUGGCCGUGGGACCAUGGGCUCCGAUAAACGUGUGAGUAGGACUGAACGGAGUGGAAGGUACGGCUCUAUCAUAGAUAGAGAGGAUCGGGAUGAUCGGGACUCUAGAAGCAGGCGAAGGGAUUCUGAUUACAAGAGAUCCAGUGAGGAGCGCAGGAGCGAGAGAUAUGACGACAGCCGGGACUAUGACAGCCGGGACUAUGACAGCCCUGAGAGGGACAGGGAGAGGGAGCGUGAGAGACGGAAUAGUGAUAAAUCAGAAGAUGGGUACCAUUCUGAUGGUGAUUAUGGAGAGCACGACUACAGGAAUGACAUUAAUGAUGAGAAAGAAAGCAAGACCAUCAUGUUGCGUGGCCUUCCUAUCACUGUUACAGAAAACGAUAUUCGAGAGCUUAUUGAGUCCUUCGAAGGCCCUCAGCCUGCAGACGUGAGGCUGAUGAAGAGAAAGACAGGUGUAAGCCGUGGUUUCGCCUUCGUGGAGUUUUAUCACUUUCAAGAUGCUACCAGCUGGAUGGAAGCCAAUCAGAAAAAACUGGUGAUUCAAGGGAAGCAGAUUGCAAUGCACUACAGCAACCCGAGGCCUAAAUUUGAAGACUGGCUUUGUAACAAGUGCUGCCUUUACAACUUCAGGAGACGGUUAAAAUGCUUCCGCUGUGGAGCAGAUAAAUUUGAUUCAGAACAGGAGGUACCACCUGGAUCAGCAGAGGCUGUUCAGUCUGUGGAUUACUACUGCGAUACCAUCAUUUUACGAAACAUAGCUCCCCACACAGUGGUGGAUUCCAUCAUGACUGCACUAACUCCAUAUGCUUCGCUGGCAGUCAAUAACAUUCGCCUUAUCAAAGACAAGCAGACCCAGCAGAAUAGGGGUUUUGCAUUUGUGCAGCUGUCUUCUGCAAUGGAUGCAUCUCAGUUGUUGCAGAUUUUACAAAGUCUUCAGCCACCAUUGAAAAUUGAUGGCAAAACAAUUGGUGUUGAUUUUGCAAAGAGUGCCAGAAAAGAUUUGCUUCUCCCAGAUGGUAACCGGGUCAGUGCCUUCUCUGUGGCAAGCACAGCCAUCGCUGCAGCUCAGUGGUCAUCUACCCAGCCUCAUAGUGGAGAAGGGGGCACCAUUGACUACAGCUAUCUCCAGCCAGGGCAAGAUGGUUAUACCCAGUAUGCACAGUACUCGCAGGACUACCAGCAGUACUACCAGAGUCAGGCUGGAGCGUUGGACACAGAAGCAGCUAUUAUAUCAGGUGCUCCAGUUACCACCACUACAGCAGCUGUUGUAUCCCAGAGUCCUCAGCUAUAUAAUCAACAGCCCAACUCUCCUGACUCUCCGACUGAAGCAGCACAGCCAAGCACCAGCACCCAGGCACAGUCAGCUUCUCCAACUGGUGUGGUCCCUGGCACCAAAUGUGCUGUCCCUGACACCUCUACCUACCAAUACGAUGAGUCUUCAGGAUAUUAUUAUGAUCCCAUAACAGGGCUCUAUUAUGAUCCUAACUCCCAGUAUUACUACAAUGCCCUAACCCAGCAGUACCUUUACUGGGAUGGCGAGAAGGAGACCUACAUGCCUGCUGCAGAGGGUAUAACAUACCAGCAAACUAGUGCACCUUCCAGCAAAGAAGGGAAGGAGAAGAAAGAGAAACCCAAGAGUAAAACCGCUCAGCAGAUUGCUAAAGACAUGGAGCGCUGGGCAAAGAGCUUAAACAAACAGAAAGAGAAUUUUAAGAAUAGCUUCCAGCCACUCUGCUCCAGGGAGGAAGAAAGGAGGGAAUCGGCAGCAGCAGAUGCUGGCUUUGCUCUUUUCGAGAAAAAGGGCACAUUGUCUGAGAGACAGCAGGUCAUGCCAGAGGUGGUAAAGAAUGGAGAGGAGGAGAAUCCACUCAAAUUGCCUUCCUGUACAAUGUUCCCUUUGCUAAUGGUGGCCCUGCCUGCCUUCCAGCGUGGCCUGGUGGCUGCCUACAGUGGAGAUAGCGAUAAUGAGGAGGACCUGCUGGAAAGAAUUGAGAAUGAGGAAGAGAAGCUGACUGACUGGAAGAAGCUGGCCUGUCUGCUGUGUAGGAGGCAGUUUCCAAACAAAGAUGCCUUGGUCCGACACCAGCAGCUCUCUGACCUGCACAAGCAAAACAUGGAUAUCUACAGGCGAUCUAGGCUGUCGGAGCAGGAACUUGAAGCACUGGAGCUGCGUGAGAGAGAGAUGAAAUACAGAGACAGAGCUGCUGAACGGCGAGAGAAAUAUGGUAUCCCGGAACCCCCUGAGCCGAAGCGCAAGAAGGUGUUUGAUGCUGGCACAGUGAAUUAUGAGCAACCCACUAAAGAUGGCAUUGACCAUAGUAAUAUUGGCAACAAAAUGCUUCAGGCCAUGGGCUGGAGGGAAGGUUCGGGACUUGGAAGGAAAUGCCAGGGUAUCACAGCUCCCAUUGAGGCUCAAGUGCGCAUGCGAGGAGCUGGUUUGGGAGCCAAGGGGAGUUCUUAUGGAGUCUCCACAGCCGACUCGUACAAGGAUGCAGUGCGGAAAGCCAUGUUUGCUCGCUUCACUGAGAUGGAAUGAUGAGUUCUACACCCUCGAGGCUUAUGAGCUACCAAAGCACUUGACUUGUCUGUUACCUGGAACUGACUGUUAAACCUUGGGACCUUGGUGGCAGUGCUGUGUUCUGAGUAUGGGUUAGAAUUAACCAUUUCAUUCCCUUGGACUGUCUUCCCUUCCACCAUGUAGCUUCCAUGAGGGACUGUCUGAAUUGCUAUACCUUCAUGCUGGGGAGCUCAUGGCCAGGCCAAAGGGGAUGCUGCAUCUUUAUACAUUCUUGUACAUAGUGUAAUAUAAUGUAUUUUGAGUUCAGAGUGCGUAGUGUCAAUGUCACUCCAGGUCUCUGGAGCAGGUGAGGGAUGUGUUAGCUGUGGUUUGACACUGUCUGUGCUCUCCUUUGUUGUAUUGUCUUGUUUUUUUUGGCACAACUUUCCUGUAUAUUUUGUAUGAUAUACCUUUGUAUAGACUUUUUGAAGAUUUUGA